GUGUGUGUACACAUACAUAUAAGAUGUUAGAUAAUUCACAGAAAAGCCGCAGUGUACGGGUAGAUUAGGUCAAACAGAACAAAAAACUCCUUUACUAUUUUGCGAUCUUAAAAAAAAUUGAUGCAUUAAUGUACAUAACUGUACACUAAUCUUCUUUUAUUAAUAACUAAACAUGUACGUAGUCAUUUGGAAAAUAGUAAAGGACUUUUUUGCUCAGUUCGAUCUACAAUAAUAUACAAGUACACAGUCGCAGAUCACCGUUGCGGCGCGGUGCGGCAAGACGUAGGAGCACAGCGUUAUAAACACAAGCAGUGCGUUGUUCUUCCGUUGUUCGUCGCACGCCGUCAUCUUCUGCACACGUUUCUUAACCAACUGACCAACUUGACCAACGCGCUAGGUCUCGAACGAUUUUAGUAGCUCUCUUCCUUUCUUCACGUAAUUUUUUAAAAUUAAUUUCUCUAAAACUAUUGCGAAUAUUGCAAAACGGUAUGAGACUUUCUUGUUCACCUCAAUCCGUUCUCGCAAAGUUUGAGUAUAGUGAUCUGAGACACCCUGUAUAUAUAAGAUUCUACGCUUGAGGAAGCACAAAAAUGAAUAACAUCGGCGUCACACGACCAACAAGAUGUUCAAUCAUCGGUUGAAUUACUGGUUUAAUCAUUAAUCGACGUUUAUUUAAACUUAUAUAACGGCACUCAUUAAUGUGCAUCAGUAUACUCGAGCGCAUUCAUCAAAUUUGCUACGAGAUAUUCGAAACAGUAUUUACGACGAUUGAACGACGCGGCUACGCACGCGCUACAUCAGCUGACCCAGUUGACAGAUGGACGUAAGGUUAGAUAAAGUUAGGGUUAAGUUAGGUUAGAUUGGGUUGGGUUGGACUAGACUCGCGGUUAGAUUAGGUUAAGUUUUCCCAUCCUCGUGCUAAAUCGCGCUCGAUGAAUCCUCUUCUUCCUUGUGUGAGAAUGGUGCUCGCGAUUAAAGGAUUACCGCUCUUGAGACAGCUUCUACAAUGUUCAUCAUAUCGUCGAGCAAUGGUAAGCAAGUUCUGGUGUCAGGAGAUCAGUCGCAGGUGGCGUCAACGACGACAAGAGACGCCGCACGCUCGCCUGCUGACGGAGCCCAAAUGCCAGUCGCAUGUGACGAUUUGGUACUUGUUCUACCGUUGGAUCGUCUUCCUUAUAUGGACCGCCUUCGUGGUGUGCUCGUUAUUUGAGUUGGGUAGUUACCAGCCAUUGCGCAUGUAUGACAAGUGGCCGAUCUACCUUACACAUUGGGACGUCGCGUUGGGCUUCAGCCAGGCCCUGAUCGGCGGUAUACUCGUGUUGAAACGCUGGCGGCUGCAGCGUAUACCCGGCUUCAACCCAUGCAACCUUCGGCUCGAGUUCACAGAGCGGCUCUACUGGUUUCUGUACGUUGUCACAACCAACAUCGCGAUCGGCGUGACCGUAUGCUACUGGUUAGCCGUGUAUAAUCCGGAGAUUCACUACCUGGACCCGCUUAACAUCAUGAUGCACGUGUGCAACAGCGUGUUGAUGCUAAUCGAUCUGUUCGUUACCAGUAUACCGUUCCGCCUGCGUAACUUUUGGUGGUCUCUAUCGAUCGCGAUGUUCUACGUGAUGUUCACAGUGAUCUACUACGCCGCCGGCGGCCUAAACAAGGAAGGCUAUCCUUAUAUCUACAAGAUCUUAGACUGGAAGAAACCGGCGCGGACCAUACCCCUGUGUGCUGGCGGUCUAACCUUAGUCACUGUGCUGCAUUGCGUCUUGUGUAUGUUGGCGCAUACCCGGGAUCGUCUUUAUCGCAGAAUCACCGGCAAACUCAACAGCAGAUCCGUACACAUCACGACGAAUGAGAAAUCGCUUACGGGAAAACGGACGGAGAUGGUCUAAAUACUGUCGAUGCGAACGCUAUUAGUUGAUGAAUUAUCUCACGGACGAAACGAUGGUGAUGAUGAUCUUCCUUCUCCUCCUCCUCCUCCUCCUCCUCCUCCUCCUCCUCUCAUUCACAUUCUGUGCUGCUCCGACCUGAUACGACCUGCUAUGACUACAGGUCGAUACGCAAUAGUUGUGCAUUAGUUCGAAUUGACACCCAACAAGGGGAUACAUGCCCCGUGGACGACAGCGUCGCAAUGCGACUACAACAAAUUGCUUUUGUGUCGCAAUUCACAGCUCCUACGAAAGAUCAAAUAUCAGUAGAAUAGAGAUUGAAAAUCAGUGAGUAAUUCGCAGAUAAAAUUCACAAACUUUGACGAUUUCUCCAAACGACAUUCCUAACGAGAUCCACGUCGAGAUUUUUGACUCAGCUGAUGAUUCGGAUUACAUAUCUGAUCUCAGUUAACUAUCGUGUUGCUUGAAUAGAAACCGCUUAUAAUCGGUUGCGAAAUACACCACGAUAAUAUUGUAGAAGCCAGAAAGAAAGAGAGAGAAGAACUCUCUUCCCCUUCUAUAUUCCUGCAAACGCUUCAGGAUUUCGUUAUUGUAAUUGUCCUCGAAUACGUCGUUCCGAUCACGUGCAGCAGAUACAUAUCGUCCACGCUACGAAUGAGUUGUUUGUUAAACUUUUUUUUACCAAGUUUUUAUGUGGAUUUUAAUUAACGUAGAAUUUACUUGAUGCAUACAAUACAGAAAAUCUCUCUCUUGUCUUCGGUCAAUUGUACCACUUGCCUGCGAGAAAAAAAAUAUUAAUUACACAAACACACAUUACGCGCAAUCGAGUUACAUGUAUAAAACAUGUAUAAAACAUGUGACAGCGUUCUCACUUAACACUUACUAUUGCUUGCGUGCAAUUUGUAUGUAUGUUCAUUCGCAAACCGAUACGAGUCGGAUCAUCGAUUAAAUAUGUGCCGUUAAUAAGCCCCACUAUAGACCAUUGGUAAUUCGGAUGUUAACGUACAAGCAUUCGAUGACGUAUAAUUCUUUCUUUUAUCAUUGCUACAUUUGUAUAUCAAGUGAAAGAGAUAAGAAAUGCGGCGAUAAUUUUAGCGUAUCGCGAUUUUUAUUCAAAGUCCCUAACUAUUCAUAUUCAUAAAUCGACGUGUAUAUAUUAUAGUGCUCAACGUCCGUUUGUAUCAUAACGUUCGUCGCAAGAGAGUUCCUAUGUAGAUAAUUUCUUUUAGCUCGCGAAUAUAUCUGUAUAGGCCAGUAUAGUCAAAUCAUCAAAGCCAAGCGAUGCACGCGUGCGACUAUUGUUCCUUUAGCACGCGAUUACCGAAUCGGCAUAUAUGUAUGUAUAUGCGUUUGGUAAAAAUCGUUCAACGUAUCUUUGACAUUGUUUUAUACAUUCCAUUUAAUUUCCUUUUUUUACGAUAGUAAUAAUAUUUAUCGCUAUGCGUAAUUAGCACGCAGUAAUAUGCCGUUACUGUCCCGAAGAACAUUUUCAAAGACCUUGCGUAACGCGAUAUGAUAUCAUUGAACAGUAUUUUUUAGUGAAUGUGAGAUCUUUAACGGGAGCGUAUCUGCGCGCAUAUUUAUACAGAAUGUCACAUCCCAUUGCAAAUGUGCAAGUAGAUCACAUUGAGCAAAAAAUAUCUUACCAUUUUCAAACACAACUACGCAUAAAGUUUCGAGUAAUUAAUGAAUUAAAGAAAAUUGACAAAUUAGUUUGCGCGACGCGCUGUGGAACAAGCUCUUUAGGCGCGAUCUCAUAAAAAAUAACUGAGACUCGUGAUUGUAUCUUAGCGACAUACGUAUAUACUACAUACAUACGUCGCCAAGUACGCUCACGGUACGUCGAAAAUCAACUGUCUGCACACUACUCAUUACUUCACCAAACAUCAUUACUUCGCCUAUUUAGAUGUCAGUCGAUACUCAUCGUUGUUCAGAAGCAGUCGUUUUUCAUUUUUUUCGACGAGCUCGCAUCUAUAGAGAUCUUUUCACAAUGUCGCACGCACUGAUUCUCUAUUCUUGUUUUAUUAAUUACUCAAAAUUUUACGCAGUUGUUUGGAAUAUGGUCUUUUAACUCAAGUUUUCCUCAUCUACCUGCAUACGUACAUUGGUGCGCCAGUGACACCCUUUGUAUUUGCGUGUUUCUUCUUCCGUAUGUGUGUGUGUGUGUGUGUGUGUGUGUGUGUGUGUGUGUGUGUGUGUGUAUGCAUGCGCGCGCACUCACGUACGCGCAUGUAAAAAAAAUAAACAACUUAAACGACAGAUGAUAGCAAAUAAUUAGCAAAUUAUUCGUCAACGAUACACGACUUCGAAAGUGCGCGUUUUAGCUAUUUUUGGUGCACGAACCAUCAGCUAAUCGCAAUAAUUUCGAUCGAGUCUUGUUGCAAGUGACGACUCGGCGCUGCGACAGAGAAUAAAUUAUGCAGCACGGUUAUCCUAACGUACACAAUAGCCAGACAUCGUCUCAACAAUAAAAAAACAUUAUAUUUCUUUCUUUUUAUGAAAAAUAUCAACGAUUUAUUAAUAAAAUAACGAUUUUAA